AGUCAGUCAACAUGGCGGCCGCCGCUGCGCGGCCGGACGGAUCGCGGCGAGAGUAGUGAUGUCCGCGUCCGCGCCCCACGCCCACGGGCGCACCCCCGUGCGGCGCAGGGGGCACCAACACCACCCGCGGCUGAGGGGUGACCGCGUGCCCGCCCCCAGCGCGCCCGCGAACUCCGAUCCGUCCACACGAGUGACCUUAGACAGUCAAACAGACGAUGUUGUGCCUUGUGUCAAUAGUGUCAGUGAAUCUCAAGAAGUGACAAGGACGAAUAGUGACGAUGCACUUUCGAAUCGAAACGCAGUCGAAGACUGUGCGAAUGCUAAUGAUGAAAUUGAAUUCGAAAAUAGAGUAAAAAGCUCGGAUUCCCUCGACAGCUUGGACGAUGAAUUCUCGUUUAGAGAGGAACGGUCCGCUGCUGACGGAGCCGAGUUUACCGCGCCUCCUGUAGAUAUUUCUGAUGACGACCCUGAGACUGCAGAACUCGCAAAACUCAGGUGUCCUAGCGAAUGCACAGAGGUGUUAGCAGAAAGAGAAAACAGGCGUAGGCGAAGAUGCGCCGAUUACCCGGGUCUUGCCUUUGGCAGUUCCAUAUUCUCUUCGGACACAAUGAUGAAAUUUUCCAUUAUCAAGAACGAGCUGCAGAAUAUCAAGAACACUGCACUGAAAAGGGCCGAGUCUGAAGUGGCUGCCCUGAACCGACGCAUCCAACUGCUGGAGGAGGACCUUGAGAGGUCCGAGGAGCGUCUCGCGACCGCCACCGCCAAGCUGGCCGAGGCUAGCCAGGCCGCCGAUGAGUCCGAGCGAAUACGCAAGGCGCUGGAGAACAGAACCAACAUGGAGGAUGACCGCGUCGCGAUCUUGGAAGCUCAGCUCGCCCAGGCUAAGCUUAUCGCUGAGGAGUCCGACAAGAAAUACGAAGAGGUGGCGCGCAAGCUUGUGCUCAUGGAGCAGGACCUCGAGCGGGCCGAGGAGCGCGCCGAGCAGAGCGACUGCAAAAUCGUGGAACUCGAGGAGGAACUCCGUGUCGUUGGCAACAACCUGAAGUCCCUCGAGGUCUCCGAGGAGAAGGCGAUGGCGACUCGCGACCACGUCGAGGAUAAGAUCCACAGCCUAUCGCAGAAACUGUCGCAAGCUGAAGCGCGCGCCGAGUUUGCCGAGCGCUCCGUGCAGAAACUCCAGAAGGAGGUCGACAGGCUUGAAGACGACCUGGUGGCCGAGCGCGAAAAGAGCAAAUUCCUGCAAGAGGAGAUGGAGGCCACGCUCCACGACAUCCAGAACAUGUGAACACCCGCCACCCCCUCCCACACACCCGCGCCGCCCGCGACACCCAUUCACUACAAAACAUGACGAAAUUACUCACAAUCGAUUAACUAUAUCGAUAACAAUCGAAACAUCGAUACAUAGACGAAAAUUGACACGAAAUUAUGUAUUGAUACGUUUUCACAGCGAAUGGGACGCGCGGGCGACUAGAUGUUAUUAGUUUUAGAGUAAUUGCCAGCUGCUUUUUUUUUUUACUGUAACGUCAGAAACGAGUGUUCGCUACGAUACCACUGCCAUGUGCAAUUUUUUUUACACAAAUUACUAAUAUCUGUCCGUUUUAAAGUGUAUCUCCUGAUUUUAGUCAUUAUUUUACGAGCGUGCCUGCUAUCGAUGCGAUUGCGUUGUCGCAGUCAACCGCUCCCACGGGCCGCGACUGUAGUGUAACAUGUCGACAUUCCAAUACGGGGACCAAAAUGUAAUGCAUUUUACACUCGAUAUGAAAAAGACAAUUAGCAUCUUAUUUUUAAAAAUGCACAUUAUUUUGAAUAUGAUAUUUCAUAUAAAAGUCUAUAAACGAUUAUCUCCGGUACGUUUCAUUCCAGUAUGUUUUUAUAAUUUGUAACAUGUGGGGAAUUGUGCACGCGAGUAAAUGAACGUAGUACGCAUUACGCAACGUAUGGUGGAGUGCACUGUUUGCAAUUAUUACGAACUCUUUAUUUACUUAAUAUUAGCGAAGAGAUUAGAUAUUUUUAUUUAAUGAGUGAUGGUAACACGUAAAAUGAUAUUUAUAAGAAUAUACUUGCUAUAAAGUAUUUGAUAUUCUAUUUUGUUUCGAGUAUGAUUUUUUUUCUCGUGUCAUAAUUUGAGUUUGUUGUUAUUUAUUUAAAUUAAUCGAUGAAUAAAUUAUGACCAUUCCAUUGCUGUAAAUGUACUCGUAAGUUUGGCAACAGUUAGUAUAUCGGUUAGUAGAGCGGGCGAAGUGCCGCGACCCGCCGCGAGGUCUCCGGACUGCGCUUGAGCAGAACGAUCGAACAACAAACACAUUACUGUGCAUUGUGCAACCGAGGGAUAUCCGUCUUUUAAAUGUUAUCGAUUAAUGAAUUGAUAGAUAAGUUCGUGAGAAAUAAAUUAAUGAUUUUUAAGAGUAUUCUAACCGUUUAUAAAUAUAUAUUAUUAUUUUUA